CUUUUUUUUUGGUAUCCCCUAGGAAUUUUGUUGGUUCGGCUGCAAGCGGCGCAUGGCUUCUACUGUAGCCGGUUAUGGCGCCGAUGUAUGUGUUUCUAUGAGGCAGGGAGGAACAGCUUUUCUUUCGGACUGAGUGAGAAAAGGACCAAGAGAAGGCCAUGGCGGGAGUAUUCGACAUUGAUUUGGAUCAACCGGAUGAAAAUGUGUCUGACGACGAACUCGAGGAUGGGACCCAAAUGAGCGAAUACAUGGAGCAAUGCAGCGCUAUUGAAUUUAACAUGGACGGCUGUGAAAAAUUCGAAAUCUCUGAAAACAGCGUAAACAAAGGAACAGAGCAGAUUCGUCCAGAAUGCUUUGCAUUGCUUCGGGUUUUAGGGAAAGGAGGCUAUGGAAAGGUUUUUCAAGUUCGUAAGGUUUCGGGUGCCGCUUCAGGAAAAAUAUUCGCCAUGAAGGUCUUGAAGAAGGCCAUGAUAGUUCGUAAUGCCAAGGACACGGCUCACACCAAGGCAGAGAGGAACAUCCUGGAGGAGGUGAAGCACCCAUUCAUAGUGGACCUCAUCUACGCCUUCCAGACAGGCGGCAAGCUGUACCUGAUCUUGGAGUACCUCAGCGGUGGGGAGCUGUUUAUGCAACUGGAGAGGGAGGGGAUCUUUAUGGAGGACACAGCGUGCUUUUAUCUGGCAGAGAUUUCCAUGGCUCUUGGACACUUACACCAGAAAGGCAUCAUUUACAGGGAUCUAAAACCAGAAAACAUCAUGCUCAACAACAACGGUCAUGUCAAGCUCACAGACUUCGGCUUGUGUAAAGAAUCAAUCCACGACGGCACGGUUACUCACACCUUCUGUGGCACCAUAGAAUACAUGGCCCCAGAGAUCCUGAUGAGGAGUGGACACAACCGAGCUGUUGACUGGUGGAGCCUGGGAGCUCUCAUGUAUGACAUGCUGACAGGAGCACCACCAUUCACUGGGGAAAACCGGAAGAAGACCAUUGACAAAAUUCUUAAGUGCAAACUGAACCUGCCACCUUACCUCACACAAGAAGCUAGGGAUCUUCUCAAAAAGCUGCUGAAACGCAACUCCUCAUUGCGCCUGGGGGCAGGCCCAGGAGACGCUUCAGAAAUCCAGAGCCACCCAUUCUUCAGGCAUAUUAACUGGGAUGAUCUUCUGGCACGCAAGGUGGAACCUCCAUUCAAGCCUUUUCUGCAAUCAGCUGACGACGUGAGCCAGUUUGACUCAAAGUUCACAGACGAGCCUCCCGUGGACAGCCCUGAUGAUUCCACACUCAGCGAAAGUGCCAAUCAAGUCUUCCUGGGUUUUACUUAUGUAGCCCCUUCUGUGCUUGAAAAUGUGAAGGACAAAUUCCGCUCACCAAGGAGAUUUCUGGGAAGUCCGAGAACACCAGUGAGCCCAGUGAAGUUUGCUGGGGGGGACUCCUGGCCCCAGGCCCCGAUGCAAAUCGAAGCGUCGUCCUUGCUUUCUCCUGGGGGCUCUGGGACUGGGGACCAGUCCAUGGAGGUUGGUGUGGAGCAGAUGGACGUGAGCUCCAAUGCAGCCGAGGUGUCUGCUCCUCUGCCCAUCAGACAGCCCUCUGGCAACACCACCUCAGGUGGCCCCUUCAAGAAGCAGGCCUACCCCUACCCAACCUCGAAACGGCCAGAGCACCUCCGGAUGAAUCUAUGACCUUUAGCUCCAUGUAGAACUUGGAUUUUCUAACCCCUACUUUAUUUUUUAUUUUAAAAGACUUGUAGAAAUGAAAGAAAUGACUGAUGGCCUGAUCACCAGCUCCUGCAGUUGCACCUUUUGGUUCUCCCUCUUUGACUCCUUCCCCAAUGCUGUCUGGUUGGGCAGAGUCCAACAGAGCCAAGAACUAACUGUAGCAGCAUCUGUUAGGAAGCACCAAACACCUUGCCUGUCUACAAAUCCACAUGAAACUUCUGAAAUUAGUUUUGAUUAAUCACAGAAACCCAUUUUGUACAAAACCUCUCCUUUUAACAUCACACAAACAACUUCUAAAUUGAUAGAUUCAGUCUUAAAAUAUGUAGCAGUCAAUAGUACAACAGAAUUAAAUUCAGGACAAGCUGUUAGACAAGGAGCUCCAGUUAGGCAGUGCGAGGUCUUUGACUUCCUUAUGCCCUGUAGAGUGGGGCUGAAGAAUGCAGUGCUGAUGGUGCUGCCUGACACUGCAGGCCCUGGCCUUGCUUUACAUGUUUAUUGGUGCUUUGCACGGGGUCCUGAGUAGGGACCGUUACUCUUGUGGUGGGUUUCACCGAUUUAGCCUAGUCUUAGAACAUCUCCAUUGAACUUGAUUUGUUGUUUUUUGUCCAGGGCUAGAAUCAAUGUGUGUCUAUGAAACUGGUCCCUGUUGAAGUAUUGGUUUUCCUUAUCAGGAGUAAGAUAUUGUUCUCUUCACCUGUAUAACAGACAUUGAAGGCUGUGUGGGUGAAGAUGAUUCCCACUUCAAUGCCUCUGCUUCUUUUUACAACCUGCCAACAAGGACUUGCAGGAUACAGUAUCGAUAGAGAACAACAAUAGAUGGAAAUAAUCACAAUGAACACAGAACACUUUGUUUAGUCAGUUCCUCUGCUGUAGUUUAUUAUGCUGCUUCAUAAAAAAAAAAAAAGCUGGAAUCCACAAUGCCUUUUUUCUGCUUUGACUGAAAGCAUCCAGUCAGGAUAUAUCUUGUAUAAUGUCUGGGUCAUGUUCAGUUGAAAUGUUUUGAUACUGAGUGAAAGUAAUUGAGAACAGAUUUCUGUGAGCCCACCAGAACGUGUCCUGGGUGUAACAUCAAUGACGCAGGAGGGAGCGUUCAAAUAGACCGGGAAACACCGUGCUGGCUGUUUCAGCUAAACGCACCACCUCCUGCACCAUCUACUCUUCAAUACCAAAUGCUGACAUGGCCAGACCAGUCUGACUGGAUCUCUCUCGGUAGAUGGAGAACACUUGUGUCUGUCUCUGUAUGUAGUAAUUGUUUGCAUUGAAUGUAAACUGACUAAACGCUUGUUCAAGUACUCAGAUAACCCGUUUGAAUUAUGUCUUCGAUUAUCAUGCAUGCAGGUUUACUGUAAUAUUAUGGACCUAUUCUUUCUCUGGACAUCAGACCAUUCUUAUUCAAUCUCAGAGACCAACUGAAUGCUUGUCUUCUGAAUUGAAAGAAGCAAAACAUGGAGUCCAAGUUCUUGUCUUCACUGCCUAUUGGUGUUUAGCUCAUGUCCAGGUUCCAUCUGUCUAGAAAUGUACCUGGCUAGUUGCUUCACAGACGCUUCCCUCAGUCUUUAUGCACCCUUGGUGAUAUCAGUAGGGCUCGCAACUUUUCUCUGGUUCUAUUUUGACUAGCGAUUGUUGACAGUUGUAGUGUGGACUUGAAGCUGUUUUAUGUAUGUUGUCUUUUACUGUCUGAGCCUCUGGAGAAAAGCCAUUUGACUCUCCUCUUCCCUGAAACAAAUGCAACACAAUGAUAAUCCAUCAGUACGGUUCCAUCUAGCGGGAGGUAGCAUGCUGCCUGAGACCUUAAUGUUCAGUUAUUUAUUGGUGCAGAGGCAUUACAUUUCUGCCUGUAGAUGAAACCAUAUACUUUCUUCAGUGAGUUGAACGAGUUUACAACCACGCCCACCAUUGAUCUGCUAUUAUCAGACUCUCAAAUAAGAAAACGUUCACAUUUAACCAAAUGUCUGUGUGCUACCUGAUGAACAUGUUAACAUUUCACUUCUAGAAACAAAUGCCUCAUAUAAUAAGCAAACAAUUGUAUUAUUCUGCUGCCUUUUUAUUUUUUAAACCAGGCAGUUUAUUUGGGCUUCUCUAGAUGUUUUGUCGUACUCCAUGACCGAGUGCUGUCUCCUCUUCGACCCUAAAUCAUGGUCCAGUAAAAAAGGGUUGUGUUUAUACACUCUCUGGGUGAAUAUGCAUCCCACUCCUGACUAAGGAUUUCCUGUUCUCAGACUGCUGAGGUUGAUUAAAAUAGACGUUAUCACCCGGUGUCUGUUCAUCAGUGAAGGAAAGUGCUUUGGCUUGAAGUUCCUUUGGAUGAUGUAUGUGUGCUUCAUGGCUUACCUUUUAAUAUAUUUUUAACACAACUUGUAUGGUAAUUUGAGAUGUUUCCAUUGCGCCAGUCACACUAUGCAAAUGUAUUUAUUGUAUAUUUACUUUUAAGUCAGGCACACAUGGAGCUUUGUAAAUUACUUGGCUUUACUUUGUUAAAAACAGUGCUUGAAAUAGGUGCUAGGAAUGUUAAUAUUUAGGAGAUCCACAAUACUUUUGAUCAGGUCUUCUAUAUGAGGAACAAGAUCUCUGAGUAAAAGGUGGUAGAACUUUGUAUUGGUGAAAUUGUCCCCCAGUUGAGCACUAGUUAAACGUGUUUCUUUCAAGGUAUACGUAUGUGUAUAUGGUUAUUUACAGUCACUCUUGAAACCUCAUGCAGCGUUUUAUUCUUUCAAACUACGAUCAACGUUCGAAAUGUCUUAGACUACAAAAUGGUGCGAAAUACAAUUCUGUUGUACUCCGGACAAUUUCAGUAAUGAACCUUUUGAUCAACUUGUACCUGCUUCUUUAAAUCUAAACUUGAAAUGUAAGACGCUUGAGUGUGGAGAAAAACCACACUGAUGCAAAAACCAACAUUGGGUGGGGGGAGGGGGGGGUGCCUUGAAGAAAUUGAAAUGUGUUUCUAUUUGCAGAUGUGUAUGUAUGGUAUUGAAUGCUAUUGAUACAGAGGAUGAUGGUUCAACCAUGUUUCUCUCUAGUGGUGCAGAAUCUCUGAAUGAUGAUGUGGUUUUUCUUUGCUCCUCUAACCUUUGCUCCUUUAAGUUGGUAGUGAAGUGCUGUGAACCAUAUUCAAAUGAUCAAAGUGUGAUUUAUCUCAAGUGGUUCUGGAGCUUGAGGACCUUUUGUAUGCUGUUCAGUGUUCAACUGAAAUAAAAAAAAAAGAGUGA